AUGCCUUAUGUUGUCGUCACGCUAUGCUGCGCCUUUGCAGCCCUGGGCUCAUUCUUGUUCGGCUAUGACUCCGGCGUGAUCUCCUCGAGUAUUGAGCAGGAUGCCUUCUUGAAAUAUUUCGGCUCCCCAUCGGAUGCUGCGAGUGGAGGGAUUAUCUCUUCGUAUACAGGUGGCGCAAUUAUUGGGUCCCUACUGGCAUCCUACAUCUCGGAUUUGCAUGGACGCCGCAUGGUCAUUUUCAUCGGCGGACUACUUGCUACGUUAGGCGCGGCGCUGCAGGGUGGUGCAGUCACCGUCGCGAUGCUGAUCGCUGGCCGAUUCAUCGCAGGUUGGGCCAUUGGGUUUAUGUCGGCUACGAUUCCUGUCUACUGCAGCGAGGUUGCGCCGCCACGCAUUCGAGGCUUACUUGCCAGUAUGCAGCAGUGGAUGAUUGGAUUGGGCAUUAUGGUGGCCCAAUGGGUCGGCUACGGAUGCUCCCUGCACACCGGCAACUUUUCCUGGCGCUUCCCACUAUCCUUCCAAACAGCACCCUCCGUAAUCCUCGUUUGCGGCGUCUGGUUUCUCCCCGAGUCCCCACGCUGGCUAAUCGAGCACGGUAAAGAAGAAGCCGGUCGAGCAGUCCUCACUCGGCUACAUCUAAACAGCAAUGCAUCCAACCAGGGGCUGGUCGAGCGCGAGCUCACCCAAAUCCACCAAAGCGUCGCCUCUGAGAAGCAACUCGCUGUCCGCUCCUGGCGCCAACUCUUCUUCUCCCGCCAAUGGCGCUAUCGUAUCCUCCUCGCAUGCGGUCUGCAAGCCAUGACCCAAUGCUCCGGCGCAAACGUUCUCCAAAACUACGGACCUCGACUAUACAAGACGUUGGGUCUGUCCACGUCUACUUCGCUCAUGAUAAUCGGUGUCUGGGGUGCGCUGGCGCAGUUUUGGAAUACCCUCUUCAUGACCUUCAUCGAUAAGAUUGGCCGGCGCAAAUUGCUGAUCCCGUCCCUGCUGGGUACCGGUGCGGCGAUGUGUGUUGAGGCUACUCUAGCGCUGUACGUCGAUUUCAGCGAUGCCAAUGCCAACAAGGAUGCGCUGCGCGCAGCUAUCGCCAUGUUCUUCGUUUUUUCCUUGUUUUUCACGGCCCUAGGCAUGAUAUCCUGGAUCUACCAGUCUGAGAUUUUCCCGACGGCCAUUCGUGCUCGAGGAUCGUCCAUUGCUACGGCGACGAACUGGAGUUUGAAUUUGGUUUUCGCGCAGUGCUCGCCCAUUGCGCUGACUCGGAUUGGCUCGGAGUAUUUCUAUUGCUUUGUUGCGUCUAAUUGGGCUGCUAUUUUUAUUGUCUGGUUUUGGUAUCCUGAGACGGUUGGGCGGUCUCUCGAGGAGGUUGAGGAAGUGUUUGUCGGUCAGACUCGUGAUGCCGAGCCUGAAGUCACUCAUGCUGGUUUGGGGAGCCCAAAGUAUGAGUGGAAGUCGCGAUCACUUCUCCGGCAUAAAGGUAUUCACCCUUUGUCGAUGCAUCCAAUGAUCAACGGGAGUUGGAGUAGCAAGAGUGGUUCGUCGCCUAGGUUAUGGAGUAAAGAGAUCGGUGAUGUGUAA